CCCUGCUCAUCGUCUUCAGCUUUCUCUCCGUCGCUUGCAAAGAUGUCAGAAGAAGCACCUUUCUAUCCCAGAGAAAAGCUUGUUGAGAAGCAAAAGUUUUACGAAAGCGUCCACAAGCACAAAUACUUGAAAGGUCGUUUUGACAAGAUCACCUCAGUGGCCAUUCCAGUUGCUUUGGCAGCUUCUGCUUUGUAUAUGAUUGGGAGAGGGAUCUACAACAUGUCUCAUGGCAUAGGCAAGAAGGCAUAAAUAGUGGCUUCUGCUCGACCAUUGUUCCUAUGGUGGCUGAAUUUGAAACGACCUGUUUGUUCAUUUGUUGAUUUUAAUUAUCAGUAGCUAAUACUAGUCACUUUGAUGCUGAUAUUAAAACAUGCCAAUUUAUGGCAUAUGCUAUCAGUACUCCGCAUCAUAAUAACACAUUAUGUCAUCUGUGUAUUUGUAUUAAACGGUGUUUGUGUGGAAAUAAGCAUGUCAUUUUCUGGCUCUCCUUAAAAAAA